CCGCCUUCGCUCGCCAUGGCCCGCCUCACGGAAAGCGAGGCGCGCCGGCAGCAGCAGCAGCUCCUGCAGCCGCGGCCCUCGCCGGUGGGCAGCAGCGGGCCCGAGCCCCCCGGGGGGCAGCCCGACGGCAUGAAGGACCUGGACGCCAUCAAGCUCUUCGUGGGCCAGAUCCCGCGCAACCUGGACGAGAAGGACCUCAAGCCGCUAUUUGAGCAGUUCGGCCGCAUCUAUGAGCUCACGGUGCUCAAAGACCCCUACACGGGCAUGCACAAAGGCUGUGCCUUUCUCACUUACUGUGCCAGGGACUCUGCCAUCAAAGCUCAGACUGCUCUGCACGAACAGAAGACCUUGCCCGGGAUGGCACGGCCGAUCCAGGUGAAGCCUGCGGACAGCGAAAGCCGUGGAGGUAGGGACCGGAAGCUGUUUGUGGGGAUGCUGAACAAGCAGCAAUCGGAAGAGGACGUGCUGCGGCUGUUCCAGCCCUUCGGGGUUAUAGAUGAGUGCACGGUGCUCCGGGGACCUGAUGGCAGCAGCAAAGGCUGUGCCUUCGUGAAGUUCUCCUCCCACACAGAGGCUCAGGCAGCUAUCCACGCCCUGCAUGGCAGCCAGACCAUGCCGGGUGCCUCCUCCAGCCUGGUGGUGAAGUUUGCCGACACGGACAAGGAGCGAACUCUACGGCGCAUGCAGCAGAUGGUGGGCCAGCUGGGCAUUCUGACACCAUCCCUCACCCUGCCCUUCAGCCCCUACAGUGCCUACGCCCAGGCUCUCAUGCAGCAGCAGACGACGGUCCUGUCCACUUCGGGCAGCUACCUGAGCCCUGGCGUGGCCUUCUCACCCUGCCAUAUCCAGCAGAUCGGCGCCGUCAGCCUUAAUGGGCUGCCUGCCACGCCCAUCGCCCCUGCCUCUGGACUGCACUCGCCCCCACUGCUCAGCACUGCCGCCGUACCUGGCCUCGUGGCUCCCAUCACCAACAGCUUUGCAGGUGUCGUGCCCUUCCCUGGUGGGCACCCUGCCCUAGAGACUGUAUAUGCCAAUGGCCUCAUGCCCUACCCAGCUCAGAGCCCGACCAUGGCUGAGACCCUCCAUCCUGCCUUCUCCGGAGUCCAGCAGUACACAGCCGUGUACCCCACUGCGGCCAUCACGCCCAUCGCGCACAGCGUCCCACAGCCGCCGCCCCUCCUGCAGCAGCAGCAGCAGCGAGAAGGUCCCGAAGGCUGUAACCUGUUUAUCUACCACCUCCCCCAGGAGUUUGGAGACACGGAGCUGACGCAGAUGUUCCUGCCCUUCGGCAAUAUCAUCUCCUCCAAGGUGUUUAUGGAUCGGGCCACCAACCAGAGCAAAUGUUUUGGAUUCGUGAGCUUUGACAACCCGGCCAGCGCGCAGACCGCCAUCCAGGCCAUGAAUGGCUUUCAGAUCGGCAUGAAGAGACUGAAAGUGCAGCUGAAGCGGCCCAAAGACCCGGGACACCCCUACUGACCACGCCCACAGCCACCCCAAGGCUGUGGGCUUGGCCCAGGUGAGGGGCCUUCCACCCCAGGAGGGUUUCCCCGCUUCCAACCGAUCCAGGACUUUUCCGUAAAUUACAACCAAGUUUGGACACCAGCCCUCCCUCUCCUCUCCUGUCUCCCCUGAGCCCCCUCCCCAAAAUGUGAAACGCUACCGAAGGGGGCAGGGGGCGGGGAAGCUCCCGAGUCAGGGGCUGAGGAGUUCACCUCUCCCUCCUGGGAGAUUUCCUCGGCACCCCCAGCAACCUCGGUGGCUUCCCCAGACUAAAUCACAACUUUUCCUAUAUAUAUAUAUGCAUAUAUAUAUAGAGUUAUAGACAUAUAUAUUUUUUGAGUAUAGAUCAUGGGACCAAACUUUUCUGACUUCCUUCCAUCCAAGAGAAGGUGACCCUAGGCCGGUCACUCAGCAGGGACAUAAGAAGGGCUGAGGCUGGCCGGGCAGCCCGGUGUCUCCCCACCCCCCGGCUGUCACGUCAGACCAGGGCGCCGGAGAAGCACUGGGAGUCAUCAGCCAACCGAUAUACCUCCAGGACUUUUGGCCGCUGCCACCAACAAUUCUCUUGGGCCUGUGGGCUCAGCCGGCUUGAGUGUCCCUGGUCCUAGCUGCAGCUUCCGGGACCCCCCAACCCCCUCCCGUGUCCCAGGGCCCUGCCUUCCUCAGCACAAAAGAGACCCCCUGCCUCCCCCAGCCCUUAACCCCCAGUCAUAGCCUUACUCAUGUGACCAAGAGCCCUUAGCUUUCCGUCGGGGGUAGAUGGGGUCUGUGGGAGCCCCCACUCCUCUUGCCCCCUCCCAAGGGCAGGCAGCCAAUCCUCCCUGCCUUAGGAUCACCAGCCUGGAAUUCACAAUCUCAUAACCAAGACCGCCACGCUCGUUGGACAAGCCCAACCUGCACUGGCCAAGCACCCCUUUGCCGAAGAUACCUCUUCAAAGAAAUUUUUUUUUUAAAUUUUGAUCUUUCUGAGCAGGUACAAAGAAAAAAAGAGAAGAAAAAAUGGGGAAAAAAUCGAACAACAGUGGAUUUUUGUUUCCUAGCUGGGGCUGGGAGGGAGAUCCCGUGGGGUGCCUCUGUAUACCUACCCAAACCAUGAAAACCCACCUGAAAGCACAGAGUCGAGUUCUUCUGGUCGUCCAGUGGGGUCUGUUGCCAGACGAGGUGCCAGAGAACUUAAUAAGCUCAAGAAAAUUUUUUGGAAAAGAAAAAAGCGUUCCCUUUUGUUUCUACCAAAUGUGUUGACUGACCCAGAAAAAAAAAAAAAAGAAGAAAAACACAUAGUAAAAAAAAAAAGAAAAAAAAUCUUCCGACCAACUUGUUUCGAUAUUCCAGAGUUUGAUAAUUGUUCCAAGACAUUCUCUAGUGUGCCUGUGUCCCGUGCGUCUGCGUGUGCAAGCGUGUGCUCAGGGGCCGAGAGGGGGCCUCAUCUGUGUCUCCAGCACCCACCAAGCUCCCGCCAGGCCUGGCGUGCAGUGGCGUGUGUCCUUCUGGUCCAUGUUUACUGGCUGUAAAUACCAUUUUUAUACUCCACACCGAAGAUCUACAUGAUUUGUACAAUGUACUUUAUUUCUGCUACUAGUAAUUUCAUGAAGUUGCAACCUGCAAACCGACUUUUGGAAACAAACUGCCGCACACACACACACACACACACACACACACACACAAGAAAGACGAGAAAAGGACUUAGAAGAAACUCUGGGUUGAUGGAUUUCGUGGCUGGAGAGGUCCUUGUCACUGUGGCGUGUCUCAGGUGAGAAAUUGCGAGCAUCAUCUUUAUGUCCAAAACGCCUCUCUUU